AUGCCUGAUCCCUCCUCCGCUGUCUCCGCCCCAGUUGCUGCGACCGAGCCCGAGAAGCCUACGCCGGAAGCCGUCGCGACAGCCUUUGAGGUGGCCAUCGAUCUGGAAGCGGAAUCAACAAAUGGAGAAGGCGCAGCAGACAAAGAUGCGGCGCAGAGCUUGGCGAUCGAGGUUACAGGAGCGCGAAAUGGAAUUGGAGGCUCGGGUCGUGCAGUUGACGUUGAUGCGGAAGUUGCUGCAAAGGUGGGAGCACGAGAGAUGGUAACGGAAGAGAAUGUCGAUAUGACCGAUGUGGGCGAGGCGAAGGUUGUCAUGGAAGUGGGAGCAGAGGUUGCAGAGGUCGAGCUGCUCGAUGAAAAGGUGGCGGAUAAAGGUCACGUUCUUACUGCUGAGUGUGGUGCGGAGUCCGAUGCAGAUGUAGGUGGUGUCGGAGACCACGAUGUACAUGUGCAGGAACAAGAACCACCCGAAAGGAGGAAGAGAGGGCGGCCGCGGCGUGCUACCAUAGAGGAUGGUCUACAUGCUAGGUUUUUGCAUCCCUUUCAAGAUGAGAAGAAGGAUGGAUUCACGGUCUCGGACUUGGUGUGGGGUAAGGAUGGAUUCACGAUGUACAUGUCUGGGCAGAUAUUUGAUGCGGCGGAUGCAUCGGCAACGGCGUUGAAUGCUCAGAAGGAGGGCCGCUUUCUGGUAGUCUACUUUGGCGAGAAAACUUUUGCUUGGUGCGAUAAGUCCCACUUGAAGCCCUUCCAGACAUGCUUCACACAUUUGGAGAAGAAGGGUAGCCCAGAUGCAUUUGGUACUGCGGUAAAUGAUGCACUAGGAGAGGUUUCUAGGAUUAUAGAGCUGGGAAUGACAUGCGGUUGUUUAAGUGACGAAGCUUAUGCUAUGCUUAAGGACAGAAAGUUUCAGAAUGCUGGGGUUCGGGAAGGGACAUAUGGUUCUUCUGUUGACAAAUCUUGGAUCAUGAAUUCUUUUGAACCCAAAAAAUUAAUUGACUAUGUGCAGAUUUUAGCUAUGUCCCCAUGUAGUGGGGCUGAUCGCUUGGAUCUGGUUAUAGCAAAAGCUCAUCUGAAAGCGUUUCGUCGAUCAAAUGGGCAUCUGGAACCUUGUGUAUUUGUCCUGGGUCAAGGGCUAGAGAAUGAUGAUGUGAGUUCACCAGCUAUGGCAAGAAAUCAUGGUGAGGACAAUGUUGAUUUGUCCGCUUUAGAUUCACCAGAUUCUGGUUCUUGGAAGCAGAAGCCAUGGGACAGUUGGGGAAAAUCUAGGAAGAAACUUGUUUUGGAGGACCGUAGAAAAAAGAGGAGCUUGUCUGAGCUAAUGGGUGUGAAAAGCUUUACUUGUAAUGCAGAUGGUUUUAGAAGUGGGUCUGGAACAAGAGAGUCUUUGGGCUCAUCAGGUAGGAGACAAAAGGUUGAUAAUUCUUGUCCUGCUGUCUCAGGAAAGGGUAAGAUGAAAAAGCUCAACUCUCUUAGGGAUCUGACAACACAGUCUUCAAAUCAAACUAAACAGCUUAAGGUUCGAGGAAGCAAUGGAUGGGUCAGAGGAGAGAAACUUCAAUCACCCACUAUGAUAAAAAAGAGUCUAGCCGACUGGAAACAUAGAAGUGCUGUUCCUGAUUAUCCUAAUGUGCAAGUGAGGAGCCCAAGAGUAAAAGAAGGUGACUUAACGGACUCCUCCUCUUGUGAAAUGCUCUCACAUCUGUGCUUAGCUGCAAGGAAUCCUCUUGAAACAUAUAGUUUCCUGGAUACAACUGUCAGGUUCUUCACUAAAUUCAUUGAUUGGCUGGUUUCUAGUUCUUCCGAGAAUAAGAGAUUGCCAGAUGUCAUUGGUGGUAAACAGAGUAGGAGAAGGUUGUCAAGAAUUAAGAAAGUCUCUCUGGAUUUGGCUACACCUGACUACAUUCAAGACUCAUAUUGGUCCGAUAUUAUUAUUUGCAACAACUUUGAUGAAGAACAUGGAUCUGAGGGUCGAAAAAGAACUGGACGAUCGCGGGCAAAGAGACCGAAGAAGAAGAAGAGGAAGAAGCGCAAAGAGCAACCAAAAUUAUUCUUUUCAUCGGUCUCUAUGCCAAAGGCUGAACAAUAUCUGUAG